ACCAGCCUUUUUAGUUAUCAUGGGAAAACACAUUAACAUAGAAACCUAUGCUCAGAAUAACUCCACGGCCGGUGCAGCCGCCACCACCACCACCACCACCACCUCCUCCUCGACAACAUCCUCUUCUCCAAGUCUCCAUCAAAACACCAAAAAUUUAAAAGGUUGUACUUCUUCAAAGGGUGCAGGGAAGGGUCGAAAUUUGGAAAACGAAAGUACUGAGAGCAAAAAGAGGCAUAGAGGUAGUGAUGAUAACGGCAGCAAGCACCUGACGUACAGGGGAGUACGGAUGCGUAGUUGGGGCAAAUGGGUGUCCGAGAUACGAGAACCCAGGAAGAAAUCAAGAAUAUGGCUCGGAACAUACCACACGGCAGAAAUGGCGGCUCGAGCACAUGACGUUGCGGCGCUGGCCCUCAAAGGCAGAUCCACUUACCUCAAUUUCCCCGAUCUGGCACAAGACCUCCCUCGCCCCGUCAGCACCUCUGCCAAGGACAUCCAAGCCGCCGCUGCCAAGGCUGCCGCAGCCACAUUUCUCGAGGGGCGGAGGAGCAUUGAAGAUGCAGAAACAGAAUCCAGCCCAACAGAGCUCCCUGUUUCGCAGUCGUCACGCUCUUCCAACAACGUACAAGAGUCAUCAAGUUUGGCAUCUAUUUACGACGACGACGAAUUGUUUGAUCUUCCCGAUCUCUUAGUAAACGGAGUUGAUCGGAGCGAUGAGUUCUGCCAUUAUUCUUGGUCGUGGCAGCUCUGUGCCGCUGGUUCAGGAUUCCGGAUUGAGGAGCCAUUCUUGUGGGAGUAUUAAUUACAAAAGGAAUCCAAUAAUCAGGAGAAGGUUCGUAAAAAUGUCAGAGAAAGAGAUAAUCUCCAAUGUAAUAAUAUGAUUACUGUUCUUAAAAUUAAGCAAUAAAACGACUAAUAUUUC